GCAAUUGACGUGUCCGAGGAAGUGAUGGAAGGAUGGCACAAUGUGCUUGAAUGUCCCAUAAGCGAGCGGGUUCUAUAUUAAACUGGUCCGGUUACGGGUCGUUCGGUUGUCCAUCGUUCAGUCACUGGACUGUCUCCAGACGGCCGGAUCGGUUGGCCAGCAGGAUAACGCGAUCGAUCCUCGCCUCUUUGUCGUGCUGCUUUCCGCCAGUGCUCGCUCUACCGUGAAUCCAUCGCUGCUGCCUGUCGCGCGGACCGCGGGCGAUGAGCCGAGCGGGUGGUUUGCGAUAUCCUUGAAGGCUGCUAGCGAGAAAGCGACGCAGGGAAAGCGACAACGCUUCCGUGGACGGGCAACGAAGCGCGACUGAAUGCUCGAUCGGGCAUCGGGAAGCAAGGAGAACCAGGACUCGAGGGACUCCUGGCGAUCGACUCGCUGCGUCGCAAGUGGCUCGCGGUGUGCGCGCGCGAGGUAUAAAACGAUCAAACCGAAGCUGGUUUUGACUUCCCUGCAAUACCCACGGGGUUACUAUCGAACGAACAUCACGGUUGGACGUCCUGCGCUUCCGGGUGGAUGGGACGUCAAGGAUGGCGCAACGCUUCCUGGCCCACAUUGCCUGAAACAUCAUGCUGGUCUGUACAAAGAUGGAGCCAUCCUCACGAGCGCCUGUUUACAGAUUUGGCCGACGUGGAUGUACGAUCUGAGGAGGAAAUUAGGAAGACUUCCGAUAGGGAGCUUAAUGAUCCCCGGAACGCAUAAUUCCGGAAGCUACAAGCACGGUGACCUGACCAGGAGGGACGCGUUCCAAAAGUACCUGCUGACCCAAGAUCGCGACGUGUGGACGCAAUUGGUGCACGGUAUUAGGUACCUGGACAUCAGAGUCGGUUAUUAUCCGUCGAUUCCGAACAGUACCGACAUCGAGGAGGACAACCACAUAAACAGAUUUUGGAUCAAUCACGACGUCGUCCGGAUCACCCUUCUCUCGGACAUCAUCAAAGACGUGAGAAGCUUCCUAGACGUGGCUAGGGGAGAGGUGGUCAUCAUGGACUUUCAUAGAUUUCCCGUGGGAUUCGAAGAUAGACCGAAUACGCAUCGUCAAUUGGCUACGAUCCUCUCACGAGAAUUCGAAGGUCUGAUUCUGAAACCCAAUAGAGGGGUCGAAGGUCUGGGUCCGACCUUGAAUGAUAUUUGGACCGAAGGGAAACGCCUGAUAAUUUGCUACGACGAUAAGCACACCGUUAAUGAAUACGACUGGCUGUGGCCGACGAUGUCACAAGCCUGGGGCAACCAGCAAACGGUGGAAGGACUAUUCAAGUAUCUGGACAAAGUGAUCAUGGGCCCGAAGAAGUCUCGAAACAGUCAGAAUCCAUUAUGGGCAGUGAUGGCGGAGUUAACGCCAUAUCCACUGGAUAUAAUCUUCAAUUUAUCCAGUGGGCUGCGGCAGAUGGCCGACUCGGUGAACAGAAAUCUCACGUAUAAAUUCCAGGAGGAAUGGUGGAAGGAGACGAACAUCGUCGCGACCGACUUCUUCCUCGGGAACAAUCUGAUCGAAGUGUCGAUACAGGCGAACAUUAAGAAGAGCAAUGGCGCUUGCUAACGUGACAAUAAUCUCGCAUACCCCACGAAAAUUUCUUUCCAACGUCACUUUAAUUACACGAUGCUUCGCUGGCAGAGAGAAACACGACUAACGUCCCAACUAACGUCCUUUAAGAAUGAUUUAAUCCUGUAAUCAAUCCAGUUCUCGUAUAAGAAACUUUCCUAAACAUUCCCGACAGAGUUCCUGAAAUUUCCCAUCUAAAUAAAUAUUUCAUGAACGUCGGAGAAAAUAUUCCGAGAGAUAUAGGUGUCCCUCGAACUCGUCCCCGGAUUGCUCGAAUAAAUAGCUCUGUCGAAAUGCGAAGGACCACAGGAAGGAAAAAUGAGGUAAAAUGCGCAAGAGAUCGCGGGACAAAACCGACAAAACCGGUAAUUUCUUUUUUAAGCAACUACGAAUUUAAUGGUUUCUUAGUAGAUGGGAUUCACCGAUCCGACCGUGAUAAAGAGUCUUAGGGUAACCGAUGUAAGAGAUAUGUAAAUUAAAUGCUCUUAAACGAAAGUAUCA